AUGUCUAAUCCCCUAGAACAACGCAUCAAUGUUCCUAUUGAUGACCCAAAUGCAGACACGGAAUGGAAUGAUAUUCUUCGAAAACAUGGAGUUAUACCUGAGAAGCCACCCAGCCCGACUCCUAUGAUCGAGGAGGCUAUUCUCGAAGGACGAAGAUUAGCACAUGAGAAUCGCUUGGAAGGCAAGGACCUCGACGAGUUGGACGAACUUGAAGACGACGAAGAUGAAGCUUUCUUGGAGCAAUAUCGCCAAAAGCGCAUGGCCGAGUUGAACACCCUACAAAAGAAGGCUUUGCAUGGAACCGUAUAUCCUCUAUCGAAACCCGAGUAUCAGCGUGAAGUCACAGACGCAUCACAAAAUGGACCCGUUUUUGUCAACCUGACAUCUUCAAUGGGCAACAACGUUGAGUCGCGAGUCUUGACUGAGCUAUGGAGACAAGCUGCGAAGGAGUAUGGCGAGAUCAAAUUCUGUGAAAUCCGAGCGAGCCAAGCCAUCGAAAACUACCCCGACCGAAAUUGCCCGACGAUUCUCGUCUACAACAAGGGUGAUAUUGUCAAGCAGAUUGUAACAUUAGCGACUAUUGGGGGCGUCCGAACAACCAUGCAGCAAAUUGACAAUCUUCUGGUUGGAGUUGGUGCUGUCCCCGAUUCUGACAUGCGCGUGGUCAAGAGGAGACAAGCUGCCGAGGAUGCUGAGGAAGAGAGAUUGGCUGGCAAAUCUAUCAAGACAGGAACCGCUGGAAGGUCACGGAACGUCGAUAGUGAGGAUGAUGACUGGGAUUAA